CCUCUCUCGGCCCGGCCAUCUUGUGGGAAGAGCUGAAGCAGGCGCUCUUGGCUCGGCGCGGCCCGCUGCAAUCCGUGGAGGAACGCGCCGCCGAGCCACCAUCAUGCCUGGCCACUUACAGGAAGGCUUCGGCUGCGUGGUCACGAACCGAUUCGACCAGUUAUUUGACGACGAAUCGGAUCCCUUCGAGGUGUUGAAGGCGGCAGAGAACAAGAAAAAAGAAGCCGGCGGGGGCGGUGUCGGGGGCCCUGGGGCCAAGAGCGCAGCUCAGGCCGCAGCUCAGACCAACUCCAACGCAGCAGGCAAACAGCUGCGUAAAGAGUCCCAGAAAGACCGCAAGAAUCCGCUGCCCUCCAGCGUUGGCGUGGUUGACAAAAAAGAAGAGGCGCAGCCGCCUGUGGCGCUUAAGAAAGAAGGAAUAAGACGCGUUGGAAGGAGACCUGAUCAGCAACUUCAGGGUGAAGGGAAAAUAAUUGAAAGGAGACCAGAAAGGCGACCACCUCGUGAACGACGAUUUGAAAAGCCACUUGAAGAAAAGGGUGAAGGAGGAGAAUUUUCAGUUGAUCGACCGAUGAUUGACCGGCCUAUCCGGGGCCGUGGUGGUCUUGGAAGAGGUCGAGGAGGACGUGGACGUGGAAUGGGUCGAGGAGAUGGAUUUGAUUCUCGUGGCAAACGUGAAUUUGAUAGGCAUAGUGGAAGCGAUAGAUCUUCUUUUUCACAUUACAGUGGCCUGAAGCAUGAGGACAAACGUGGAGGUAGCGGAUCUCACAACUGGGGAACUGUCAAAGAUGAAUUAACAGAGUGCCCAAAAUACAUUCAGAAACAAAUGUCUUAUAAUUGCAGUGACUUGGAGCAAUCAAAUGUGACUGAGGAAACACCUGAAGGUGAAGAACAUCCAGUGGCAGACACUGAAAAUAAGGAGAAUGAAGUUGAAGAGGUUAAGGAAGAAGGUCCAAAAGAGAUGACACUGGAUGAGUGGAAGGCUAUUCAAAAUAAGGACCGGGCAAAAGUAGAAUUUAAUAUCCGAAAACCAAAUGAAGGUGCUGAUGGGCAAUGGAAGAAGGGAUUUGUUCUUCAUAAGUCAAAGAGUGAAGAGGCUCAUGCUGAAGAUUCGGUUAUGGACCAUCAUUUCCGGAAGCCAGCAAAUGAUAUAACUUCUCAGCUGGAGAUCAAUUUUGGAGAUCUUGGCCGCCCAGGACGUGGUGGCAGGGGAGGGCGUGGUGGGCGAGGGCGUGGUGGACGUCCUAAUCGUGGCAGCAGGACUGACAAGUCAAGUGCAUCUGCUCCUGAUGUAGAUGACCCAGAGGCAUUCCCAGCUCUGGCUUAACUGGAUGCCAUAAGACAACCUGGUUCCUUUGUGGACCCUCCUCCCUGAGGCUUUGCAUGCUUAAGGAUCCCAAACGACUAAGAAAUUUAAAAAAAAAAAAGAGAGAGACUGUCAUUCAUACCAUUCACACCUAAAGACUGAAUUUUAUCUGUUUUGAAAAUGAACUUCUCUCGCUACACAGAAGUAACAAAUAUGGUAGUCAGUUUUGUAUUUAGAAAUGUAUUGGUAGCAGGGAUGUUUUCAUAAUUUUCAGAGAUUAUGCAUUCUUCAUGAAUACUUUUGUAUUGCUGCUUGCAAAUAUGCAUUUCCAAACUUGAAAUAUAGGUGUGAACAGUGUGUACCAGUUUAAAGCUUUCACUUCAUUUGUGUUUUUUAAUUAAGGAUUUAGAUGUUCCCCCAAUUACAGGUUGGUUUUAAAUAUUGGACAUACUGGUUUUAAUACCUGCUUCGCAUUUUCACACAUGGUCAAAGUGGGAUAUGUAAACUUGAUAUGUCAAAUUUUAUGCUCUGUAAUACUAAUUACUAUUUUAACUUAGUUUUAAUAUUUUCAUUUUUGGGGAAAAAUCUUUUUUCAGUUCUCAUGAUAGCUGUUAUAUAUGCUAAAUCUUUAUCUACAAAAAUAUCAGUACUUGAACAAAUUCAAAGCACAUUGGUUUAUAAAUAAACCUUGCUCCUACAGUGAUGCAUGGUUCGUAGGUUCAAGUUACAAUUGAUUCACAAUUUCAGCCAAAUUAAAAAUAAUGUGACUUUCCCAUUUUAAAAGCCAGAUUAGAUUGGUGAAAGUUGUUUAAGCUACUUACUGUUGGGAGACAACUCCUAUGUGGAUUUUUUCCCCCUCCGACAGGGUGGGUGGAAUAGGUUGAUUUGGCUAAUGCAUAACAUUUAAAUUUUACCUGUAAAAUAAGUGUCUAGCCCUUCAAUACGAUUUGUGUGUGUGUAAGGUCCCCAAAUCAAAAUUGUACAGCUGUAAUCAAAAAUCCUCUAACCCUUCUGUUCUAAAGAAACCAAAGGGCACUGGUUAGCAUGGUGAGGUGGGGAAGUGUAUUAAUAUUUGGACUUUGGAAAGCAGACAGCUUUAUUUUAUAAGGUUGGAAUAGCAGCACCAUCCAUGAAAUAUAAACCAAAAAUCUUAACUAUUUCCCAGUUUCCUAUAUUGCUAUUAAUGUUGGUUUUCAGUUGAUAGAUGAAAGUUUAUUUCACAAAAGGUGAUAAGUAUAUGUUUUCCCUCUUUCCCCAUUAGAAAAUUAGGUUAAUAAUGGAUUCCUUGAACAGGAGCAGCACCACUUAUUGAAAAUACUGGAAAGAUCAAUAAACAGAUUUUCUAGGAUUUUUUUUAUACUUCUGCCACAUUUAUUGACAAACAGGAAAGGAAUUUUAUUUAAAAUUUUAAAGUUCUUUAGUCACUCAGUUUUCAGUAAUUUUCUCUCUAUGUCUAAUAAUGCCCAGUUUUUAAAAUACCUUAAAUCUUAAAAUGUCUGCUGUUUAACUGGUUUUCCCAAAUACUCUAAAAGAGAAAUUUUACAGUAAACAUUACUCAUUUGAGUUAGAUUCACUAAUCUAAUCACCUACUAGUCUGACAUCUUAUUAGGAAGGUCAUGUUUUUUUUUAAUGAUGGAUAAAACUUGUGCUGGUAUUUUGGAUCUUAAGAUGCUGAGCAUGUUUGCACUGGUGCUAAUGUCUAAUAUAGUUUUUUUUAUAUUUACAAAUGUACCUGCUACCCAGAGGCAAGUAUUAAUUUAGUCUAUAUGGACUAUUGACCCCUUUUGAGAUUGCAGCAUACUCCUAAAUCAGUGUGUUUAGAUUUCAGGUAUACGUCACAUUUGAACAUCUGAUAUGUUUAUAAACUUCUGAAGUUCUAGCAACAUAUUACAGAAAACACCUGCUAUUACAUAAAAACACUUCACUAGUUCUUCUCACUGCUGGCUAUAGCUGGCAUUCUGUCACUAGAGAAUACACAGCAGUAUCUGGUAUGUUGCAAGCUUUCAAGAUAGCCUGAAUUUUUAAAAGUUGGUCCAUUAGUUGUAUCUGAUGGGAUGUAAAUUUGCCUCCUAGUUCACUUUGCGUCAAGAGUUAAAACUGUGAACCUUAACUUUCUUUUAUUGGUGGGUAAUAACUGAAAAUAAAUAAAGAUUUAUUUUCAUGCUCA